AUGGAGAAUAAACUUGGAAGAACCCUCAAGUUUGGAUCCAGGCUGGAGGAUCAUCAUCUGAAUUCCGAGGCCUUAUGGGCUUCUUUAAGUGGUUUCAGGUCGAAAGUUUCGGGUUUUGUCAACCAAAUAUUGUCCAAGCGUGAAAAUCCAGGGCGGAAGUUCCUGUCCCUGACGGGGUUCAAGGAAUGCUUUGAGAUGAUAGAUGUCGGCAACCGGGCUUUCGCGAAGCUGGUGGUGGAAAUAGACUACCCGAUGAGCCAAUGGGGUGGGAGAGCCACCGAGGAGUAUCUAAACUACACGUUGAGCUUGCUGGACCAGCUUAACUCAAUCAACUCCUUCGUUUCUCAUCUCAGCCAGGCCAAGAUUUCAAUUUCUCAUGCCCUGAACCUGAUCAGGAAUUCCCAAACAGCCAAGAGCCUGAAGAACAUCUCGGGAAGAAGUACUGGAAAGGACUUGAGGUUUGAAGGGUCAGUAACGAUGGGAGAAAGGCCUGUUUGUGAGAAGGAAUUGGUGGUUCUCCAGGCUUUGAUGGUAUCCAAGAAAAUCGCGCUCUUGGCGCUUGGUUUAGUUUUAUCAGGUUGUUCUGGUGACGCUAAACCAUACAUGGAAGUAAGAAAAUUCGGUGGAGGGUUUGAUGAUCCCCUGAUAACAGUUCUGGAAGCACGAUUCUGCCACGAGGUGACAGAAAUCCAGCAGGGAACUAUGGAAGAAGUGGAAGAGGUAAACAGAGCAAUGGAGCGCCUGCGUGUGGCUAUUUCUCCUGGACGGUACAACGAAGCCGUGGAGAAACUGAAGACGAGAUUGGAGACGCUGGAAAAUUCAAUCCAGGGCAUUCAAAAGCAAGCAAAUAAGCUGUUCUCUGAAGUUUUAGCUACAAGAAAUAAGUUGUUGGACAACAUUAGGCUCACAGGAUAG